GCUCGCGAGCUCUACACAGUAACCGCGUCCUGCGACUCGAACCUCAGAUGGAAAUUCGGGCGAUCUUGACUACCAUUAAUUGCGCCCACAUAGACGAUUUGCCAUGCAAUAGCCCCAGGUGCUACAGAACGUUGGUUCUUCGCCUUUCGCUUUUCUUGCUCUGACCGAGGAAAUGGAGGGCGCCGCAAGUCGCAUCGUCGGGGUCCAGUAGUCGUUGCGGGUGGUCAAAGCCGACCAGAGCUCUUCUCCCCAAUCAACAUGUCGAGCGAAGGUUUCUUCGGCAAUGGAGCCGAUUUCCACCCGUCAUUCCUCGGAAUCCUCAUCGGGUGCGGCGCUCUAUCCGUAUUCUCCUUGCUGUAUUUCAACCGCGUAUUCGCUUCCAUCGUAUCCUGGGGAAUCAGAACAUACACAUGGCACCAGUACGGCGUCUACAUCGACAUCCAGGCUCUCCAGAUCUCGCUGCUCGCUGGCCGCAUAUUCUUCACGGGCCUUCGAUACCAUGGCAACAACGAGACCAUUUUGGUGCAGAACGGACACAUUACAUGGGCCUACUGGCUGCGAAGGGUGCGUGAGGUCAAUAUUCGAAACGGGAAGGGAGUGGAGCAGGGCGCCGAUACUGCCACACGAGACUUCUCUUCAAAGCUUCCAUGCAGGAUCAAGGUGUCUCUCAGGGGUUUGGAAUGGUUUGUUUACAACCGAAGUCCCGCCUACGACUCGGUUCUCUCCGGCCUUACAGCUUCCGCAGAGGCCGUUCCCGGACCCGAGGUGAAUACUGGGCACACUGGUCCAGGUACCACAGCGCCGGAUCCUCCGGCCCAGCUGAGACGAAGGCGGUCGGGUCGACAAGAAACCCCAAGGAGCUCGUCGCCCGCGCGCAUUUCCGUCAUGACUGAGAAGCCGGGCACCGCUCGGAAGAACGACUCCAGCAGUCACGCUGACACAAGCCGCACCUCCAAUCCCGACUUGUCCACUUCCGACCACGACAGGGACCCACAUGUGAGUGCCCCAGACGGCAACGCCGAUCUCCCAUUGUUUCUGCAACUCCUGCCGAUUCACUUGGAAUCUGAUCGGGCGGCCCUGGUGAUGGGAAACGAGAAUACGAAGGCCAUCCUCAUUGUCAAGGCAAGCUCCUUGUCAGGCGAAAUCGAUGCUUUCGACACCGAGACUAUUGACCCUUAUCGGCAGUAUUUCCGAUUCAAGUUCAAAAAACCGGUGAUUGAAAUGAAAGAGAACAUGGACUUCAGAGAGGAGCAAGCCGACCGAGCCAUUCGAGACAAACAGGCUGCUCAGGGGUCGCUAUUCACCCCCAAACGAUCCUUUCUGCAUUGGCAAAGGCGCAGGCUCCGGGAAGGUCUUAGGAACAUGAUUCCAUUCUGGAGCAGAUCGGUCGAGUCGCUUUCUCCCUCUGCCAGAGCAAUUGGAACGGCUACUAGUCAAGUACCCGGGGCAGGCCAAUGGCAAGGUCUCUCACGGUAUCUAUCCAAUGACGCUGAAGAUCAGAAAUCCCGGUGGGCUUCGUGCGAAUACGCUGCGGUUCCAACACUCCUAGACAGUCCUGAAGCAUCUUUGACGAUAUUCUGGGAUGUGCCAGCCAAGGUUGGACCCGUUUCCGCAUCCUCACAGGAGAAAAUCCCGGGGCGAGCACCUAAUAUCAAUGGUGCCGAGCCCCCUGCAUGGGCUAUCAGCCUGUCCAUUAACGGGGGCUCCAUCAAUUACGGCCCCUGGGCUGACAGAAACCGGGCGGAUCUUCAACGUACCUUCGUCCCGAGCCUCUGCAAGGACGCAGUCCCGGCCCACCCUUUGGCCCCAGGUGCAUCUCGGGUUCCUACUGAGUUCAAGUUCUAUGUAGAGAUUACGGAUGAGACCACCAUCCGCCUUCCCGUGAGAGAGGCGUCGAAGAACUGGAGAUGGAAAGGCAAAGAACCCAGUCCGAAGAAGCCGCAGAGCAGUGACACGCGCAAGGCUCGUCGAUCUAAGAAAUCAGAUGGGCCAGCAGACCUUCAUCAGCGGCCUUUCGGGUGGCUCGACCUCAAGGUCCCUGCCAACGCAACCGUGUCGUACUCGAUGGACAUGGUGGCCGGCGCUUCCGGCUACACCAACACACUAGAUGUCGAUUUUCCUACCACAGAGAUCUCGAGCAGCAUCAACCAUGAGGUUCUGUUACGAUCCGGACGCCAGAGGAUAUCCUGCAAUCUGUCCACACCGUUACGCUGGAAUGCCCUCCGCCAAUGGUACUUCAAUAUCAACAGCGAGGAUUUGGAGCUUUUCAUCUUGCGGGACCAUGUCUUCCUCUUGAUUGAUCUAGUGGAUGACUGGACCAGUGGCCCCUCGCCGGACUACUUGAUUUUCACCCCCUUCAAAUACCAUCUCAACCUGCAGCUGCAGAGCGUCCAGCUCUUCUUGAACCUCAACGACGCGAACAUCGUCAACAACCCAACCGAAUUGGAAGACAACACGUAUCUCAUCAUUUCCAGUCCGCUGCUAAAGUCCGAGACGUGCAUUCCCGUCGACAAGUACAGGCCCAACGAAAAUGCCAUCCCCUUCGACAUUCGUGCUGACACUGCGGCGGUCGACCUUCACGUGCCUCGGUGGAACACACAAGCGCAGUUUGUCGCAUCCAGAGAGGUUGGCCGGCUGGAAAACCUGGUCAUUGACGGUGCUUAUCAUUACCAUUCGACGACUUCGCUCGCAAACACCGACACUCUGGUCCUGAAGGUCAGCGGCCAGUCGCCAACGGCGCGCCUUCAUGGCUUCACCAUCCGCCACUUUCUCAUGCUCAAGGACAAUUAUCUCGGCGAUCAUAUUCACUUCAGGACACUGGAGGAAUACCAAGACAUGCUACGUCUGAAGGAGAGCGACCCGGACGCCGAGCUUGCCAGCAAGCCGCCGCCUAGGAAGUCGAACGACUUGGAUGUCAUAUUGAGUAUCCGAGCAGAUGAUCCAAAGGUCCUGCUCCCAGCCGGCCUAUAUUCCUCCCAGCGCCACAUACAGAUCGACGCCGCAAGCUUGUGUCUCGACCUACGCUUCACCAACUACUACAUGGAUAUGGAUCUGGUAGUGGCCCCGCUGAAUCUUUCGUUGGAAAAUUCGGAGUCCGGCACAGACACCCCGAUGAGUGCGACAUCAAGCACGCAGAUGUUUAUCGAUGGACUGCAUGUUUAUGGGCAUCGCCUCUUUGGUCUCCCUCCGGUCGAACCCACCUACAUGUGUAACUGGGACCUUUCGCUGGGGGCUCUUACUGGCGAGUGUACCACCGAGUUCUUGAUGGCCCUGGUCAGCGCAGGGGAGGCAUUCGCAUUCACAUUUGACGACGACGAAAAUGCCCUGAUACCGUUCUCGUCCAUUGUGGUUCACGAUGUCACUUUCCUUCGGGUCUUCGUGCAGUCAGUCCGCCUCUGGCUUCAUGUUGAAGACGCUGCCUUUCUAUUCUCUACGGGGACAAUCGAUAUUAACUACAACGACUGGGCGCGGUCACAUUAUUCCCGGAGAGCCAGCAUCAACAUCCCGGAUAUUAAGCUGUCCUGUCUCAACGCAGAGUUAGCCACAAGACACAAAGUUCGUUCACAGCAUGCUGUGGAGGCGGACGCGCUUGUUGAAACAAGCGUGCGGGUAGCCAUAAUUGGGCGGAAAGCACACUUUUCCAAGGAAAGGAAGCUCCAGCAGGGCCUUGUGCGCAAACACGACCAACGGACACAGAGAACCCCGUUUCUCGUUGUCCCGGGCCUUGUGGAGGACGACUCAAUCCCAGAUCUUUUCGACCCUCCUGCACAGAGUGUCCCGCGGGUUCCCAUGCCGGUCGGCUUAGAAGAUGUAGGGAACGAUAGAGCGUCGCUGCGCUCGAAGGCGAGCUCGAAACGAUCACGGCGCCUGCGCCAAAAGUCCUCGUUCUUGUCUCUUGCUAGUUCGGCACCAAGAAGUGUACUCGAGCCUCCCCAAUCAAGGCGGUCGAGCGGGGAGGAAAAGCUCCCGGAACGGUUCAAUUACCAAUCUCCGCUGAGUGCUCGAUUUGACGAGAAAGGCAACGCGUCCAUGCAUGGGCGCGAGCUCUCUCCCUCCACUCGCCAUUCCGCCUUCUACAGCAUGCCUGGCGAUCCUGGUGAGCAGCAUGAUCCCACCCACAACACCGUGGCUUUCUCGAGCCAAUAUUUCGCACCAUACUUUCCGCUUGAGAAUAUCAGACCGAGCCAUGGGGAAGCAAUGGUGCAGAGCGUCGAAAUGGACAAUGAAGACUCGACGGGCUUCGACUCGGUCACGUUUGAUCUGGAAGAUGUUGACCCGAGCCUUUUUAGCGAAGAGUUAGCCUAUUCGAGUAUUCUGCUCGAGCUGCCUUCGGGUUUGACAGCGUUCUGCAACCCUACCUCUUUACGAUAUGUUGCGAGCCUUCUCUCGUCCCUACAGCACACCGAACCCGAGUCCGUUCUGGACUCAUUGCAGAUCGACUCGAUGAAAGCGAUUUUCGAUGCACAAAAGGACCAGACAGUGAAGGGGCGAGUCAACGACGUGUUGGUCAGGCUCCCACACGUCAACUUCCGUCUCAUCAGUUUCCCUGAAAGGGACUCUAUGGAGCAAGCGGAUGAUGAGCAAGAUCAAUACGAUGUCACGUUCUCCGGGCUCUCCUUCACAUCACGGUCUCACGCCACUUGGCAGGACGCCUUUGAGCCGCAAUCGAGAAGCGUUCGUCAUUCGUUUCACCUGAGACUGGGCUCGGCGGAAGUGUCAGCUACCGAGAGACUCCGCGGGAUGCAGAGCACUCAGGCAGCUGCUCUUGUCCGACUUGAGAGUGUCUUGGCUUCUAUGGGUACCAAGGACGUCAUAUACUGUGAUGCAGAAAUUGGCGGCAUCCACUGCAGCACAUCCUCAGGAAAAGUUGACUAUCUGGCAUCUUUGGCCCAUAGAGCCGGCGUCCUGGGAUCCGAGGUUGGAAGGAUGUUCUCCGAGGCGUCAUCGCGAGAAAAAAUGGCUGUGCGAAGUUUGGUACACCGCCUUGUUACCACGGGCGAACGGACUCCGGAUCCGUCCUUUUUGAUACGGCCUUCUGCUGUGCUUCGUUCUGCUCGCCAACAUUUACGGACGUUCGACUCAUGGAAGCUAGCCAUGCGGCUCCGCCAACUGUGGGUGAUGUUGGCUCCGGAUGCAGGAGAGUGGCUCAAGCUUGAUUGUCUUGCACCUCCUUCAGCCCCAACAGCGGCGUUGAGGCGGGAAGUUGUCACAGCAUUUCAAAGGUGGCGGAGCUGGGACCUGGGCAAUCUUGACGAGAGCGUGCUCCUGAAUAUGAUAUUCGGACCGGCAGAUGUCGGCCCCAAAGUCUCAUCUCAGGACAGGCCGACGCUCGCUGUGCUGAAGGUCAAGCAGAUUCAGCUCGCUCUGAAUCCGGGACCGAAGCAAAAUGCGGUCACUUUGGUGGAUCUCGUCACACGACUCGAGAACAGUCCAGCCACGUCUGGCGAGCAAGGUGACGGCAUCGGCGGGGUGGUGGGCGGCCCAUUGACUACCUUAAAAGUCUCGUGUGAGGAUGCUGCCAUCAGCAUGAACUGGGAGCUGUGUGAGCUAGCAGAAAGUAUCCUGAGGCUAACCAAAACCAUGCAAUCGCGGGCAUCUGUUCGAGUCCCCGGCGAGCCACAACCGUCCAGCCGCUCGUCCACCAGGCAGCCAUCAUCGCAGGGCAGCCUGCAUUGUGUUCUAUUGCUCGGACACGGCUCGCUGGCGUUGGAGGCUAUCAAUCUCUACUCGGCGUCAGUCAGCAACGGAGCGCAGGCGUCGAUUCUCAUCAGGAAGGGUGCGGACAAAACCAUGGACACAAACCUGAUUCUCAGCUGCGAGUCGGUUACCUCGAGUCUCCGACACCACCACCAGAUACUGGUAAAAUUGACCAUGGAAAAGCCCAGCGUGUUUGUGUCUCACGAGUUGCGGCCCCGCCAGACCACUGACUGUCAUACCCUCAAAAUAGCGGCAAGCAACGAAAAUCUCAGUCUUGUUGUUAGGCAGGACCCUGUCACCUUGGCCGAGGUCCUCGACCUCCUAGUCCGGGACGAGGUUGCCCAAUUAUACAAGCUGAAAACACAAGUCUCUUCGCCUCGAUCUCCCUCAUCUUCCAAGAAGAUCAGUGAUCGAUUGUCUGCCUUCAGGGUCAACGUGGCCCUGUUUAUGGAUCGAUAUAUUCUCAGCCUGCCUCUGCUGCCUUCGGUCAUCUACACAGUCCACGGGACUGUUUCCAGGGCGGCGAUGGCAGCAAAUUUUGGCCGAGAAAUCAUCUUCGACUUCGACAUCAAGGAAAACUCACAUGACGUGCAAGUCAAAGUAAACAACAUCUCUCGAAGCAUUUCCCUCCUCCAGAUACCGCCCACCAACGGGCGGGUCAGAAGCCAUAUGGAAUCAGGGGAGCAUUCCAUCAGCGUCUUUGCAUCCGUCGAGUUGGUGCAAUUGGACGCCUCGGCCGUGUACAGCCUCAUGUCGGCCCUAAACCGCCCCGAGAUUUCGAAUGUUAUCAAUGAGCUGCAGCAGCAGGUCAAAAUCAUCCAGGGACACCUCGGCGAGAUCACUGGGGAAGCACCCAAGACAGUCGCGAAGGCGACGGAGAAGUCGACAGCCCUGGUCUACUCGGCUCAUCUAACCUAUGCCGGUCUUGAGGUGUUUGGGAACAGCCCAUUGAAGUCUGAAGCUGGACCCUUGGCGCACAUCUCGUUCGCGCUCGGCAGCGUUCACCUCGGCAUUUCCAACCGGGUGGAACAACAUGGUCCGAUGCUGACCUACCCGGAGGUCAACGUCGAUCUGCGUCGCAUUGCGUUUGAGAUCCAGAGGGGCAGCCCCGAAGCCAUGAAGUCGUGUGGCAAUGUAGCCUUCGGCGCCUUGAUUUCAGCCUCGUCGUGUGCCGGCGAUGACGGCAAGGACAAGAGAUUCUUCCACGUCAAGAGCGACGCGUUCGAGGUGAACCUCUCUCCUGAUACCAUUUCUACCGUGGUGGACGUCCUGGGUUAUAUGGGCAACAAGAUCAAGGAUCUCGACACUUCCCGAGAGCUCGAAUAUCUCCGGAAGCUAAGGCAGUCCAAGCCACGCAUUGCCAUCAACGAUGCGGAAACAGAGGAGGAGAGCGAUAUUAUCGACACCUUCCUGUCCUCCAUCACUUACAGUUGUGAGAUCUGCAAUAUUCAGUUGGCCUGGCUGGUCAAUAAGGCCGUCGAGGAGCCGGCCCCUGGCAAGGAGGAUCUUGUUCUCUCCCUGCAGAGGAUCGAGCUCGGCACGCGCACCAGGAAUUCGGCGAGGCUCACCAUUGAGGGCCUACGGCUUCAGAUGGUCAGCCUAUCGCACGACAAGUCUACCCGGUCGCCCAAUUCUGCACUGCUUCCCGAGAUUGUUUUCAACGUCGCCUAUGUGUCCACUGCCGACGCCCGCCGUCUUGCGUUCCAGGCAGUAGGGAAGUCGCUUGACCUACGGCUGACUUCGGGCUUCAUUAUCCCCGCUGCUCAUCUGAACGACUCCAUCAGCCUGUCAUACAAGAAUAUUCAGCAGGCUUCCCAGAAGUGGAAUCCGGCUGUCUCAAGCCCACAGCCAGCAACGGCAGCACCGUCGGAAGAAGCGCCACGGAAAAACAUCCUCGGCGGAAAGAGACUCGAGUCUCUGCUCAUCGACGCGGACUUUGCCGGAGCCGUUGUCCACCUAACAGGCAAGAAGGCCCCUGCGGACCUCAUCUCGGCCACAAAAUCAGCCCGGCCAACGAGCUUUGGAGAACAGGUGCAGCCUGGUCCAGACGAAGAGAUGAGCAGCACAACGCUGAAGUCGCCGGGCCUGGCCUUGAAGGUGGAAUUCAGAGAUGACGGGAGGGAUGAUCCGUCGCUGCAUGCAGAGGUCAAAAUUGAUGCCUCCAACAACACCCUGUAUCCGUCCUUGGUCCCUCUGGUCAUGGAUAUCAGCAACAGUGUCAAGAAGGUAGUAAGCAGCCGUGAUCGCGAGGAUCACAAGCCUGCUGUGCAGGCCCGAGAGGUUGUGGCCAAGGUCAAGCUCCCCGAGGAGGACAGUAUCCUUACUGCUGAUCCGACAGCCGUGCUGGGCCGGAUGAAGCUCAACCUUGGACUGCGCAUUUGCAAGCAAGAGUUCUCGCUGAGCUGCCAGCCUAUUGCGCGAGUAACGGCCACGGCCAGCUUCGAGGACGUUUACUUCACUGUCAACACUGUUCGCUCCAUGGAACAGGGCAACUUCUUCGCCAUCUCGGGCGUCUUCACGAACCUGCAAGCCUCGGUGCAGCACGUAUACUCGAGGGAGUCUACCGGCAUCUUCAAGGUUCAGUCCAUUGUUCUCUCGUUCUUGAACAGCAAGCACCUCAGCGGCACCAGCGGCGUGUCGGCCAUUCUCAAGGUUAGCCCCAUGGAGGUGUCGGUCAACGCGAAGCAGCUCCAGGAUUUCAUGCUCUUCGGCGAGAUUUGGCUCCCGCACAAGGCCGCAGAUCCGUCAGCAGGCCCGGUGGCAAAGCUGGUCACGGAAACUUCUCAAGGCCACCUUGUGCAGCGCUACCAACAGGUUGCUGCGACCGCGGCUUUUCCCUGGACAGCCAGCAUCUCCAUCUCGGCGCUCAAGAUCGUCGUGGACCUCGGCCAGGCGCUAGGCAAGUCGACAUUCUCCAUCAACGACUUUUGGACGUCGUCAAAAAAGACGUCAGACUGGGAGCAAAACCUGUGUCUCGGCUUCAGUAUGAUUGGGAUUGAGAGCACGGGUAGAAUGAGCGGCUUCGUCGCUCUUGAAAAAUUCAAGCUGCGCACAAGCAUAGAGUGGCCCGACCGGGAGCGGGCUCUCAACGAGACGCCUCUGAUUCAAGCGUCGGUUGGCUUCAACCAGUUCAGAGUGAAGGCCGCAUUUGACUACCAGGCCUUUCUCGUUGCCGACAUCACGUCUCUCGAGUUCCUCAUGUACAAUGUCCGGCGAAGCCGAGAGGGGAGCGGAGACAGACUGGUGGCUAUCCUUGAUGGUGAGGCGGUCCAGGCGUUUGGCACGGCGACGUCUGCUUCCCAGGGCGUCGCCAUGUAUCAAGCCUUCCAACGGCUGAUGCAGGAACGCAAGGCGAACUUUGAGACGUCACUCAAGGAGAUUGAACGGUACAUGCAGCGAAGGUCUGUCGCGGCCCCUGCGGGCGUGAUGCAUCGGCUCAGCAUUCCCAAGCCGACGCCCGGCGACGAAGGGGUCCUCAAAUCAACCAUCUCGCUCGACACAGACGUCGUGGUCACCCUCAAGGCUCUCAAUCUGGGCGUCUUCCCCAACACCUUUUCGGACCAUCAAGUGUUCAAGAUGGAAGCGCUCAACGCUCAAGCCCGCUUUGCCGCCUCGGUCCAAGACGACGGCCGCAUUCACAGCAUCCUUGGCCUCACUCUUGGCCAGCUGCGCAUAGGACUUGCCGGCGUCCGGGUAGGGGCCGGCCCGUCCAAGACGGUCAACGAGCUCUCGGUUGAAGACGUGGUGCAGAGCGCAACGGGCUCGCGCGGCGGCACCAUCCUCAAGGUGCCCCAAGUUGAGGCCGUUAUGCAGACGUGGCAGCGGCCCGAGUCGAAACGCAUCGACUACAUCUUCAAGAGCGCGUUUGAGGGCAAGGUCGAGGUCGGCUGGAACUACAGCCGCAUCAGCUACAUCCGCGGCAUGUGGGCCAACCACGUCAAGACGCUUGCCCAGACCUGGGGCAGGGAGCUGCCCAAUGUGACGGCCAUUAGAGUGACCGGGGCUCUCCCACCCGAAAUCGCUAGCAGCAGCACCACCGCCAACACCACCUCAUCAGCAGCAGCAACAACAACAGCCGCGACAACCUCCUCCCUUGACGACGACGACAACAACGACAAGGGAAAGCAACGACAGCAACGACAACAACAACAACAAAAGGCUGGAGGACAGACGACGACGACAGCGAGCAACAAGAUCACGGCCGAGGUGAAGGUGCCGCAGUCGAGGUACGAGUACGUGGCGCUCGAGCCGCCCGUCAUCGAGACGCCGCAGCUGCGCGACAUGGGCGAGGCGACGCCGCCGCUCGAAUGGAUCGGCCUGAACCGGGACCGGCUGCCGAACCUGACGCACCAGAUUGUCAUUGUGGCUCUGCUGGAGCUGGCCGGGGAGGUGGAGGAUGCGUAUGGGAGGAUUUUGGGAAGUAGUUGAUUCCUUUUCAGCCCUGUUUUUAUGACUUUCUACUUUCCUUAUUAUGCGGUUGCAUGGUCGGGUGGGUUCUGUUUAGAGUUGGUAUAUGCAUAAGAAGGCGUGGGAGAGAGGGUUGUCUCGUUUUGGAAUUGGUCUGCCGCGGUAUAGAUAAAUGGGGAAUGCGAAGAGGGCUAUGGAUCAAGUGAAUUUUCACCGGUAUCCACUUCGGUUUCUGUUUGCCUAGUCGUGAAAUGUUUACCGCGUGUUCAAAGAAGCAGAGAGACCAUCAUGCUGAAGUACACCAGGAAAUUUUGAAAACUUAGC